AUGAAAACGGAGGUGGUGAUUUUAUUCAAUCUUCUAUUGGUAACUACAGUUUACAAGCACAAUGUUUUUGCUGAGCGUGUAGGAGGUUACGUGAGACAGGGCCUUGGUGAAAAAGGUUAUAGCAGUGUGUCUAAUGGGCGUGAAGGUGAAGUCGUAAGUGGCUAUGGAGGUUAUAAUGGCUAUGGAGGAUUAGGGGGCUUUCUAGGGAGGGGUGCUGGAGGAGGUUACGGAUAUGGAGGAGGUUUUGGAUAUGGUGUAGGAAGAGGAGGAGGUUAUGGAGGAGGUUAUGGAGGAGGUUAUGGAGGAGGUUUUGGAGGAGGCUCUGGUGGCGGUUAUGGUGGAGGUUAUGGUUUUGGAGGAGGUUAUGGUGUUGGAAGAGGUAUUGGAGGAGGUUAUGGUCUUGGAUAUGGAAGAGGUGGUUACAGAAAGACGUGUUGCGGUUAA